AUGUCGUUCUACCUCAUAACGUUGGUCACUGGCAUGCUUGUCACGGGCAGGCAGGCGAUCCACCAGCGCCCACAAGACCUGUUGCUCACGACGUUCACAGACAUGCAAUGUGUCGAAAACUGCCAGGACCCAGACCCAAGCAAGCACGUUUAUUACGAACAACCAGUUUGGCAAACAAUUCAGAUGUUCGUCGGAGAACUAGGGUGCUUUUUGCCCGUUCUCUUUGCACUUCUUCGCCACAGAGGCUAUCAACAAGCAGAGACGGACCCUACGAAGACGCAGCGACCAAUGAAGGGAUGGAAGUUUCUUCUCUUCUGGUUACCAGCCUUAUGUGACUUGACCGCCACAACGUUGAUGAAUGUAGGCCUUAUCUACACCCCGGUCUCCAUCUACCAAAUGACCAGAGGCGCACUCGUCUUGUUCGUCGGCAUCUUCAGCGUCGUCUUCUUGAAGCGCCGACUAUAUUCCUACCAGUGGUUUGCAAUGAGUGUGGUUGUCGCUGGUGUCGCCGUUGUAGGCUUGAGUGGCUCACUCACGAAGCAAUCAUUGGGAGACCAAGGAAAUCUGGUACCUCGUGCAGAGGAGGAGCAACCAAACGAUGUGGCUGUAGUCAUAGGCAUCUUCUUCGUGCUAUUUGCUCAAAUUGGUACGGCUAUCCAAUUUGUCCUUGAAGAGAAGAUCAUGGGCACAUAUUCUGUCACUCCGCUCGUUGCUGUUGGAUUCGAGGGUUUGUUUGGCCUCCUCACGAUCCUCAUCGCCAGCCCGACCUUUGUAUUCCUCAAGUCAAAGUCCGAAUUCUUUGAUCUCCCAAGAGGGUGGCAUCAGACAGUCGACAAUCCGGCUGUGAUUGGCUCCUCCUUUAUAAUUGCGUUGUCCAUUGGACUCUACAAUUUCGUUGGACUAUCAUUGACCAAAUACGCAAGCAGCACCAUGCGCAGCAUCAUUGAUACCUGCAGGACCAUUACUAUUUGGAUUGUUAGCCUGGGACUUGGUUGGGAGGUGCUCGUGUGGCCAUGGUCGCUACUUCAAGUCUUUGGAUUCUCGCUGCUCGUUUACGGCACUUUCCUGUUCAAUAGCGUCAUUGCGCCGCCACCAUUCUUCAAGCCUCCAACCACUGUAGAGUACACUGCGCUACCCACAGAUGAUGAUUCUCCUCGCACUGUCAUUGAAGAUAGAGAAAUAGCCGCGGGUCGCAGCCUGGAUCAAACCGCUGCGCUCCCAGCCGACGUGGGCAUGGGUUUCGACGUUGUGCCAGAGCCUGUGCCAAGGAUUGACGCCUCUCGACGUGACUAG